AUGCAGGGCCCCCGGGGCCCCCGGAGCGGGGGGUCGGGCCUGAGGGCCCCCCCGAGCCCGGGCGUGCCUCCGAAGAGGGCCAAGACGGGGGCCGGGCCCUCGACGGACGGCGCCCCGGUCUUCCUGAGGCAGCUGAAGGACGCGGCCGUCUUCGCCGGGGGGGACGUGAGGCUGAGGGUGGCGGUCCAGGGGAGCCCCCCGCCCUGUCUCAGCUGGUUCCGCAACGGGGAGCCCCUCCCGGCCCCGGCCCCCGAGCCCUGGGCCUUGUGGCUUCGGGCCUGCGGGCCUGAGGACGCCGGCGUCUACACCUGCUCCGCGCGCAACCAGCUGGGAGAGGCCUCCUGCAGUGCCGUCCUGGCCGUGCUGGAGGUCGGAGACUCGGAGACGGGCGAGGAUGAAGCCAUCCAUCCCCAAGGGACCCCCCGACAGGGGCCACGGGACCAAGGGGCCUCCAGCAUCUCCACAGGGGGCUCGGACACCCUGGUGGGCACCUCCCUGGAUACGCCCCCGACCUCUGUGACGGACACCUCGGAGGAGCGGGCGAGCCAGCGGGGCAGCGGGCAGACCGUCGUGGAGCAGGAGGUGGUGGACGUCCGCGGAGGGGAGGCCCGUCGGGCCCAGAGUAGCCCCAGGCCCGCCCAAGGCGCCGGGCCCGGCCCGCGGCACCUGGGAGUGGAGCCCCUGGUGCGGGCGUCUCGCGCCGACCUGCCCGAGGUGGGCACAGGCCAGGGGCCGGAGGAUGGCCUUUCGCUGGCCGGAGACCCGUACGGCAGCGCCUUCAGCCUGUACAGAGGACGAGGCCUCUCCAACCACGUCGUCCCGCCAUGGAGAGAAGACCCCGACGCCCGGCCUCCGAAGGGCAGCGCCCCGCAGAGACCCCCGGCCCCGCCGCCCCCGUCCAAGGCGGCCCUGCUCCCACCGCCCUCCCCUCGGAUGGGCAGACGCCCCCCGCCCGGGCCCGUCCCGCCGUCCCCCAUCCCCGGGGCCCCGACAUCCCCGACGCCCCGCUCCCCGCGCCCGUCUCGCUCCGGCUCCCGCAUCCUGGACAAGCUCCAGCUCUUCGAGGAACGACGGCGCAGCGUGGAGCGCAGCGCUUCGCCCCUGCCCGGGCGGGCCUGGACGCCCCUACGCAAGGCCCGCUCCCUGGACCACCCCAAGACGGGGGGCAGCCCCGGGGCGUCGAGGGAAGAGCUGCGGGAGCCCGGGGGCCUGGACGAGCGACGCCGGGCCUUCCGACAGCGGGCCGCCUCCCUGGACGAGAGGAUCCGCCAGCUCAGCCCGGCCUCCCACCUGGAAUUCCGCUUCUCCCAGGAACUAGGCCGCAUCCGUCGCUCGGCUUCCCGGGAGGAGCUGGUGCGCUCCCACGAGUCCCUCCGGGACACGCUGCGCCGGGCCCCCUCUCCCCGAGACCCCGGGGAGCCCCCUCUCUUCCCCCCGCGACCCCCGGUCCCCCCGGGGCCCGGAGACGGGGGACGGGAGACCCUCGGGGAGCCGGAGAGGCCCGGAUCGGGCGGCGUCGAGAGGGGUGCCCGGCCCCCGGGGUUGGGGGGCUCCUCGAGGCCCGUCAGCCCUCGCCAAGAGGUGCGACGCCGGGAGCGGGCCCCCUCUCCGGCCUCGUGCCAGGGGCUCCCGGAGCCCCAGAGCCCCCGGCCGGCCAGCGAGCCCCCCGAACACGGUACCGCCAUCCCCACGGGGCGCAAGAGGGACCCUCCGACGCAGGCCGUGCGCUAUCUACCCUGGGCCGGGUCGGGGCCGGUCCAGAAGCUGGAGAAGAAUCGCAGCGGGCCCGAGGCGGAGAAGAGGCCUAGAAGAGGCCCGGAGGAGGACGAGUCCCGGGACGUCCGGGCCCGGAGAGGACCGGACGGCCGCAGCCGGGGCCGUCGGGCCCGGCCCGCCUCGCCGGACGUGGAGUCAUCAGACGAUUCCUACGUCUCGGCCGGAGAGGAGCCCCUGGAGGCCCCGGUUUUUGAAAUCCCAGUGCAGGGAAUGGUGGUGGCCCCCGGGGCCAACGUGCUGCUCAAGUGCAUCGUCACAGCCAACCCCUCGCCCCAAGUGUCCUGGCAGAAGGACGGGGUGACCUUGAAGGGCAGCAGCCGCAUCCUGAUCCGGGCAGAGGGCGAACGCCACACCCUGCUGCUGCGACAGGCUCAGCCCGACGACGCCGGCCUCUACACUGUCUUCGCCACCAACGAACUGGGCCAGGCGAGAUGCAGCGCCGCGCUCUCCGUGCAACCUGGGGCCAGCCGCUCCCCCUUGGGCAGCCCCAUCACGUCGGAUGAGGAGUACCUGAGCCCCCCGGAAGACAUGCCCGAGUCUGGGGACCCCCCGGUUCGCGCUGCCAAGGCCCCAGCACCCCCGGACCCCAGCUGCAAGGCGCCCCCGACUUUCCAGGUGCCUCUCCAGGACCAGUUGGUGCAGGAGGGCCACAACGUGACCAUGACCGUCCGUGUGCAGGGGGAUCCCGAGCCCGUCGUCUCCUGGUUGAGGAACCGGCAGCCAGUCCGUCCCGACCAACGGCGCUUCACGGAGCAGGCGGAAGGCGGCCUCUGCCAACUGCGCAUCCUGGCAGCCGAGCGUGGGGACGCCGGCUUCUACACCUGCAAGGCAGUGAACGAAUAUGGCACCCGGCAGUGCGAAGCCAAGCUGGAGGUCAGAGCGCACCCCGAGAGCCGGUCGUUGGCUGUGCUGGCCCCCCUGCACGACGUGAGCGUGGGGGCCGGGGAGAUGGCCCUCUUUGAAUGCCUGGUGGCCGGGCCGGCGGACGUGGAGGUGGACUGGCUCUCCCGAGGCCGGCUGCUGCAGCCCGCGCUGCUCAGGUGCAAGAUGCACUUCGACGGCCGGAAGUGCAAGCUCUUGCUCACCUCCGUGCACGAGGACGACAGCGGCGUCUACACCUGCAAGCUCAGCACGGCCAAAGAUGAGCUGACCUGCAGUGCCAGGCUGACCGUCCGCCCAUCCCUGGCCCCCCUGUUCACGAGGAAGCUGGAGGACGCGGAGGUGGUGGAGGGCCGCGGGGCCCGCUUCGACUGCAAGAUCAGUGGCUCCCCGCCACCCGCCGUGGCCUGGACGCACUUCGGCCAGCCGGUGGAGGAGAGCGAAAACGUGCGACUGCUGCAGCGCCGCGGACUGCACUCUCUGGUCCUCGCCCACGUGGGCAGCGAGGACGAGGGCCUGUACGCCAUCAGUGCCACCAACGCCCACGGACAGGCCCACUGCUCGGCCCAGCUCUACGUGGAGGAGCCCCGCUCCGCCGCCUCUGCCCACAGCUCCAAGCUGGAAAAGAUGCCGUCCAUCCCGGAGGAGCCGGAGCAGGGGGAGCUGGAGCGGCUGUCCAUCCCGGAUUUCCUGCGGCCUCUGCAGGACGUGGAUGUGGGACAAGGCAAGGAGGCGGCGUUGGAGUGCCAGGUGUCCGGCCUGCCCUAUCCCACCAUCAGUUGGUUCCACAACGGCCAGCGCGUCCAGAGCUCCGACGAGCGACGCAUGACCCAAUACCGGGAUGUGUACCAGCUGGUGUUCCCUGCCGUGGGCCCGCAGCACGCAGGCGUUUACAAGAGUGUCAUCGCCAACAAGCUGGGAAAAGCCGCCUGCUAUGCCCACCUCUACGUCACAGACAUGGUGCCCACCCCUCCCGACGGACCCCCAGUAGUAGCCGCCGUCACCGGGAAGGUGGUCGUUCUCCAGUGGAAUCCGCCCAAGAACCUGGACUCAGCCAUCGCCCCGGACACGCUGUCUUACACGGUCCAGCACCAAGUGGUGGGCAGUAACCAGUGGAAAGUGGUGGCCACGGGGCUGAGAGAGCCAAGGUGGACGGCCACCACACUGCGCAAAGGAGCCAACUACCUCUUCCGCGUCCUCAGCGCCACGGCCAAGAGCAGCAGCAAACCCUCCGCCCCGUCCGAGCCCGUGCGGCUACUGGAGCGGGGUCCCCCGCUGGAGGAGGCCCCGGUGGCGCUGGAAAAGCCGGAUGUGGUUCACGUGGUGGAGGGCCAGCCCGCUACCGUCACCAUCACCUUCAACCAUGUCGAGGCCCAGAUCACGUGGAGGAGCCGACGAGGGGCACUACUGGAGGCCCGGGAGGGCGUCUACGAGCUGAGCCAGCCGGACGACGACCAGCAUCGCCUGCACAUCUGCCACGUCUCCCCGCGUGACCUGGGCGAGCUCACCUGUACGGCCCGCAACCGGCACGGGGCCCUCACCUGCUCCGUCACCCUGGAGCUGGCAGAGGCUCCGCACUUCGAAUCCAUCAUGGAAGACGUGGAGGUGGAGGAAGGGGAGAUGGCGCGUUUCGCCGUGGUGGUGGAGGGCAGGCCGCUGCCCGACGUCUUGUGGUACAAGGACGAGACCCUGCUGGAGGAGAGCAGCCGCGUGAGCUUCGUGGAUGAGCAGCGGGACUGCUCCCUCGUGGUGCUCAACGCCGACCCCCGGGACCGCGGCGUCUACACCUGCACGGCCCGCAACCUGGCCGGAUCGGUUUCCUGCAAGGCCGAGCUGGACGUCUGCUCGGCCCAGCCGGCCCUGGAGGCGGAAGGCGGCGAGGAGGAGGACCAGCCACGCGGAAGCCGACUCAGUGACUUCUACGACAUCCACCAGGAGAUCGGCCGGGGGGCCUUCUCCUACCUGCGGCGAGUGGUGGAGCGCAAUUCUGGCCUGGAGUUUGCGGCCAAGUUCAUCCCCAGCCGGGCCAAGCCCAAGGCGUCGGCGCUCCGGGAGGCCGGGAUCCUUUCCCGUCUACAGCACGACCGCGUGCUCUACUUCCACGAGGCCUUCGAGAAACGCCGCGGCCUCGUCAUCGUCACCGAGCUAUGCGCAGAGGAGCUGCUUGACCGGAUGGCCAGGAGGCCGGCCCUCUGGGAGGCCGAGAUCCGCGCCUACAUGCGGCAGGUCCUGGAGGGACUCCGCUACUUGCAUCACAACCACGUGCUGCACUUGGACAUCAAGCCGGAAAACCUGCUGCUGGCCACGGGGUCGGGGGAGCAAGUGCGGCUCUGUGACUUCGGAAACGCCCAGGAGCUGAAGCUGGGGGAGCCCCAGUACAGCCAGUACGGCACCCCGGAAUUUGUGGGGCCCGAGAUCGUCAACCAGACCCCCGUUACCUGCGUCACUGACAUCUGGCCAGUGGGAGUGGUCGCCUUCCUGUGCUUGACGGGGAUCUCGCCGUUCGUGGGGGAGAGUGACCGAGCCACCCUGAUGAACAUCCGCAACUACAACGUGGCCUUCGAGGAGAAGACGUUCGUCAGCCUCACCAGGGAGGCCCGCGGCUUCCUCAUCAAGGUCCUGGUCAGGGACCGACUGCGACCCACGGCAGAGGAGACCCUGGAACAUCCCUGGUUCAAGACGCUGGCAAAGGGAGCCAACAUCAGUACUGACCACCUGAGGCUGUUCCUGUCUCGCAGACGGUGGCAGCGGUCCCAAGUGAGCUACAAGUGUCGUCUGGUCCUCCGGCCCAUCCCGGAGCUGCUGCGGGAGACGGGGGGUCGCGUGUCCCUGGCGGUCCCCCGCCGCCCACCCCCCGGGGGUCUCUCCUCGUCCUCUGACUCUGAGGAGCUGGAGGAGCUGCCGUCGGUCCCCCGGCCCCUGCAGCCCGAGUUCUCCGGCUCCCGGGUCUCGCUGACCGACAUCCCCACGGAGGACGAGGCGGCCUCGACGGCGGCGACCCCCGAGGGGUCCGGCCGGGAUGCCGGGGGCGCCCCCACUUCCCCGGUGCCCCCCGCCCCGGCCGGUCCGGUCCUGCGGGGCGCCCACCCGGUGGAUGCCCAGGGCGAGGACUCGGGUCAUAGGCCUCAGCAGAGGCCUGGCCGUCGGGCCGAGGACGGGAGGGUCAGCGGCCUGCGCGGACCCUUGUUGGAGACCCUCUCUGGGCCUGGCCGGGGUCACCGGCCCAGGGACCCCCGACUCAGCAGGGCCGCGUCCAGCGAGGCCGCCCCUGUCCGGCCGCCCCCGCCCGAGGCCCUGCGGAAGAGUAGUUCCUUCUGCCAGGGGGAGGGUCAGCCCCGGGGUCGCCACCGCCGGGCGGGAGCCCCCCUGGAGAUCCCCCUGCCCCGCCUGGGCACCCAAAGCCUCCGACCAUCACCCUCCCUGUCGGCCGUCGGCGAGGACCGGCCCCUGGCCCCCCGGGACCCCGGCCCCCCGGCCCCCCGGGAUCCCGGCCCCCCUGUCCGAAGGGGCUCUCCCCAACCGGGGGUUGACCAAGAGAGCCAGAGGAAGGCCCGGCUCAGCCCCGAGGCGGUCGCCCCCCAGAAGGGCCAGCCGCCCCCUGCCACGCCUUACGCCCGGGCCAUGCAGGCCCUGCAGCUGACUGGCGACCUCCGGAUCUCCCCGCCGGUCGCCGUCGCCCCCCAGCCGGCCAAGCCAACACCCCAGGGGGUGGGCGACCCUGCUCCCGAUCGGAAGCCCGCCGUCCCGAGCUGGAGAGACCCCCAGCCAACGCCUCCGGGCCUGGACUCGGAGGAGAUCUUCGAGGCCAAGUUCAAGCGCAGCGGCCGCUGGCCUCUGGGCCGGGGGCUGCGGUUCCUUGGCCGCUCCCGCUCCGAGGAGAGGGGACCCCCGGGCCCCUGGAGGCCCGAAGACCCCAUGUACCGGCCCAGCCCGGCCGGGACCCCCCUGGAGCUGGUGCGUAGGCCGCAGAAGGCCCUGUCGGUGCAGGACCUGGCCGGGGCCGGGGAGAGAGGCUUUGUCCGCCGGCUGUCCCUGUCCCUGUCCCAGAGACUCCGCCGGACGCCCCCAGCCCAGCGCCGGGCCUCGUGGGGUCCGCAGGCCGGGGACGGGUCAGAGGCCGGUGGGUCGCCAGUCCUGGCCGUGCGCAGGAAGCUGAGUGCCACCCUGGAGCGCCUGUCCGGCCGCCUGCGAGGGGAGGCCGGGGGGACCCCUCUGCUGGGCCGCCUAAGGAGGGCCACGUCCGAGGGCGACCAUCUGCGGGCUGUCGGGCUGGGACCCCCUCAAGACCAGCUGGCUGCCCAGGUGGGCACCUCGCCCUCGGCCGAGUCCCUGGGCUCCUCGGCCAGUGCCUCCUCCGCCUCCUCAGCCCUGGGAGAGGGUCCAAGCCGGCGAUCUCGCUGGGAGCGCUGGGGCCUGUCCAGGCACCGGAAAGACAAGGCGUCCUCCCAGCCCAGCCUCGCGCCCAGCACCGGGGAAGAGGCCAGCCCGGAUCCCCGCUAUGUGCGCAGCGAGUCAGACUUUCCCCCCGUCUUCCACAUCAAGCUGAAGGACCAGGUGUUACUGGAGGGGGAGGCCGUGACCCUGCUCUGCUUGCCUGCGGCCUGUCCUGCCCCCCAAAUCUGCUGGAUGAAAGAUAAGCGGUCCCUGCAGUCGGAUCCGGGGGUGACCACGGUCUCUUGCAAGGACGGCCGGCAGCUCCUGACGGUGCCACGCGUGGGCAAGCGCCACGCGGGCCUGUACGAAUGCUCCGCCACCAACCCCCUGGGCAGCGCCGUCAGCUCCUGCACCUUGGCCGUGGCGCGCACCCCGGCCAAGCCUGCGCCCCCUGAGGUGCCACAGAAGUACCAGGACACCGCCCUGGUCCUCUGGAAGCCCGGGGAUGGGCAGGCGCCCUGCAGCUACACCCUGGAGCGAAGGGUGGAUGGGGAGUCGGAGUGGCUGUGCGUGAGCAGGGGAAUCAGCGACUGCUACUACAACGUGAGCCAGCUGCCCCUCGGGGUGGCCGUCCGCUUCAGGGUGGCCUGCGUGAACCGGGCUGGACAAGGCCCCUUCAGCAACGCCUCUGAGAGGGUCCUCGUGGGGGCCACAGCAGGUUCCCCGUCUGUACCUCCUUCCGUCCCGCAGCCCACCCUGGCGACCUCCAGGCCGGACCGCCGGCCCACCCUCACCCCGGCGCCGGUUUCCCCUUCGUCCCCAGCUGCCCCCUCUGCCCCGGGUUCUCCCCCCUGCCCCUCGCCGGCCUCCACCCCGGCCUCCCCCUCGGCCUCUGCUUUGACCUCUGCCCUUUCACCGGCCUCCACCCAGGCCUCCCCCUCGGCCUCUGCUUUGACCUCUGCCCUUUCACCGGCCUCCACCCCGGCCUCUCCUUCGGCCUCUGCCUUGACCUCUGCCCUUUCACCGGCCUCCACCCCGGCCUCCCCUUCGGCCUCUGCCUUGACCUCUGCCCUUUCACCGGCCUCCACCCCGGCCUCCCCUUCGGCCUCUGCCACGACCUCUGCCCUUUCACCGGCCUCCACCUUCACACCUACCCCCGCUCCGGCCUCCGCCCCGCUCCCGUCAGCAGCCUCGACCUCCUCCUCCCCGCCCGGCCUCCCCCAGCCUCCUGUCCGGGUUGGGGGUCCCCCUCCGCCCACUCCUCCGAGGAAGCGGCGUAGCCUCCCGGCCGGAGGCCCCCCACCUGGGACAACCGCUCCCGAGCCCCCGGCCCCCUUGUUCAUGGUGACCUCCUUCGUGUCCGCGGCCCCAGCUCCGACGCGAGGGACCGGCGUCGGGGGGAGCGACGAGGCGGGCGGCGCUCCCGCCAUCGCACCCGGCCCCGUGGGCACCGCGCUGCGCCAGGGACCCCCCCAGAAGCCCUACACCUUCCUGGAGGAGAGAGCCAGGGGCCGGUUCGGGGUGAUCCGGGAAUGCCGGGAGAACGCGACGGGACGCCACUUCGUGGCCAAGAUCGUGCCCUACGAGGCGGAGGGGCGACGGCGGGCGCUGCAGGAGUACGAGGUACUGUGUGGCCUCCACCACGAGCGGGUCAUGGAGCUGCACGAGGCCUACGUCACACCCCGCUACCUCGUCCUCAUCGCCGAGAGCUGCGGGCCCCGCGAGCUGCUCUGCGGCCUCAGCGACAGGUUCCGGUAUUCGGAGGAGGACGUGGUGACCUACGUGGUCCAGCUGCUUCAAGGCCUGGACUACCUUCACGGCCGCCACGUCCUCCACCUGGACAUCAAGCCCGACAACUUGCUGCUCACGCCGUCCAACACGCUGAAGAUCGUGGACUUCGGCAGCGCUCAGCCCUACAGCCCCCACGCCCUGCGACCCCUGGGCUACCGCACGGGCACCUUGGAGUUCAUGGCUCCGGAGAUGGUGAAAGGGGACCCCAUCGGCUCGGCCGCGGACAUCUGGGGGGCCGGCGUGCUGGCCUACAUCAUGCUGAGCGGGCGAUCCCCCUUCUAUGACCCGGACCCCCAAGAGACGGAGCACCGCAUCGUGGGGGGCCGCUUUGAUGCCUUCCAGCUGUACCCCAACACUUCCCAGAGCGCCGCCCUCUUCCUCCGCAAGGUCCUCGCCGUCCACCCCUGGAGCCGGCCUUCGCUGCAGGACUGCCUGGCCCACCCGUGGCUGCAGGACGCCUACCUGAUGAAGCUGCGGCGGCAGACGCUGACUUUCACCACCAACCGGCUCAAGGAGUUCCUGGGCGAGCAGGCCCGCCGCCGGGCCGAGGCCGCCACGCGACACAAGGUCCUGCUUCGCCCCUACCCCGGUGGCCCCUGACCCCCCAGCUCGGACCCCCCCGCCAUCCCCCCCCGGGACGUUCUGGGGGCCGGCCGGCGGACCCUCCGGCCGGGGGAGGCCGACGGGGCGAGAUGGGGCCUACUCCGCACUGCCAACCAGAAGCCGGACCGGGCGAUAUACCUCAAGAACCCACCCGGGCGGGGACGGGGGGCACGACGACGAUGACGUCCCCCCCAAACCCUGCCUGGGCCCCGGAGGAGAGGGGCUACGGGGUGGCGAUGGAGGAGGGGGGACGGCGGCGGAGGACGAGGAAGCGGAGCGAGGGACGGGAGAAGUCAUGCGGAA